AGAAAGAGUUCCAUUUGUCCACAACCUUGAGUUGUUCCUUUGUGUAUUAUCCAGAUUAUUGGUAUAUAUACAAGAUGUGAUAUUAGAUGCGACGUCAUUGCUAAUUCAGCUCUCAAAUUCUACGCCAGUAAACCGCCUAUACAGUAUACCUAUCAUUAUCCCGUGGUCUCAACUCUCGAGAUGGACUUUAAAUUUGUAAUAUUUUUUGUUCAAAUGGUUGCAGUCACUAAAGCACACAUGUUUAGAAUAACAAACAACUGCCCGUUUACUGUAUGGCCUGGCAUACAAGGCAACCCGGGACACGAACAUCUUGAAAAUGGCGGAUUUUCGUUGAGCCCUUACAAGACCCAUUUAGUAAUCUCGUCUCGAAAUUGGACGGGCAGGAUUUGGGGCAGGACCAAAUGCAACAGUAAAGGAAAAUGCGAAACGGGCGAUUGCGGGAACAAGAUUCAAUGCAACGGUAUCAUGGGCGUGCCACCCUUGUCCCUAGCUGAGUUAGAGUUCUCUAAGAUCGACGAAGUGGACUUCUACCAUGUGUCGUUGGUGGACGGCUUCAACUUGCCGAUCAGAAUUAGGCCUGACCCGUUUUCAGCGUCCAUAAUAAACGACACCAACUGUCAGCCGGCCGAUUGUGUGGCCAACUUGAACAGCGGGUGUCCGGCCAAACUGGCUGUCAAGGCGGCCGAUGGCUCCAGCGUUGUGGCGUGCAAGAGCGCCUGUACGCUGUUCAACACGAAGUCUGACUGCUGCCAAGGUGUCUAUACCACUCCAAAGACCUGUAAGAGAAGCUCGUGGCCCAAAAACUAUCCGGCAUACUUCAAGUCAGCCUGUCCGUACGCCUACAGUUAUCCAUUUGACGAAACGUCUAGCACGCAUACGUGUCAAGGCAAUGCGUUAACCAAGUACCACGUUUUAUUUUGCCCUUAAGCCACUUAUUGUGUAGCUAUAUAUAUAUAUAGGUUUAUAUUAGUUUUCGGGUAGAUUUAUUUUCACGUAUUUUUAAUUAAAAAAAUUUAA